UGUGUGGACACGUCGCUUGUAAUCUUUGUUGUGAGGUCCCGGAUGUGCUGUCUGAAUUUGAAUUUUAUUCUUCUCACUUUUUGAUAGAAAUUGACACAUUCCCUGUGCAUAGCUUUGUGUAGGAAACGUGUAGGCUGGAUUCAGUUUAAAUGCGAUCAGAAUUUGGAGAGAAUGCAAGCGCUUGAAGAGUAUGUUCCAUCGGCAAGAAAUCUUUGAUUUCUCAAAGCUUUGUGAAGGACGACGAGACGUACUUUAGAUCUACACAGGACUGGUGUGGGUGUGUGUUUGAUUGAACUGGAAUGUGUAGUGUUUGCGUCAUCGAGAAAUUUUACGUGGAGUCCCACAGAAAAACAACCUACACUCUAAAAAUAGCUAUUAAUGAGAGAAUUUGAAAGACUAAUGACGUCACUGGUUUCAAAGUCAACGAAAGGUGUGUCUUCGGUGCAAACUGAUGAGAAGCGUUAGUGAUGCUGUCAAUACUUGCAGUUUAUGCUUUUCCAAGCUCGGUUAGUCGAGUAUUUGCAUUUGACUAUGCCAGUGCUCUUGCUAGGAAGCAGUCACUAUCAUUUGAUGUAUCAAAUGUUCAAAACUUUAGAAGUGUACAGGAUUUUGAGAGUGAGUUAGCACGACUGCAUGCCUUGGGUAGCUGGAGAGUCUCAGCGGCAAAUCGAGAGUUUGUACUUUCUGAAACCAUGCCACAGUUUAUCGUAUGCCCUUCAACAUGUAAAGACUCUGAUCUGCUGAGUUCAGCCAUGUUGCACAAACAUGGACGGAUACCAAUGUGGUGUUGGUCAUGUCCAGAUACAGGUGUAAGUUUGGUUCGAAGUGCAUGCACAAGGUCAAGGCGUUCAAAGAGGUCUAGUAUAUUUCAAGCUUUGGACUCUUUGUCUUUUUCUGGAAAAGUCCACAAUCUGAACUUGGAUAAGUGUUGUCCAGUAACUAGAGAAGUUCAAACAAGUUUUGGAAAGUUGCAGGAACUUUGUCAAGUCAAGUCAAUCAAGGAGUGGCACAAUGAUGCCAGGUGGUUAUCCAGCUUGGAGUCUGCACGUUGGUUGAAUUCUGUCAAGUUCAAGAAAGUUGUAGAGAACAAGGACAGUGAUGUGUUGGAAAUAACAAUGGGCUCUCUGGUCUUUGUUACCAUGGUCAUUGGUGUCACCUUCCUCCAGAGUUUUGAAGUUACAGCUGACGAAAUGUGUAGUGUAAAGCAAUCCAGGUCUCUUGAUCUUACUAUCGUAUGGAGCAAUGAGGGAACUAGUAGAGAGCAACGUUGUAGCAGUAAAGUUAAUUCAAGACCUGUUCUGGUAACACUUGAAAGCAUUUUCGACCAUACUUGGUUUGGUGGUGGUUUUACUGGUUGCCACUUUGUCAUAUGUUUGCACCUUGUGUUACACCCGUUCACUUUGGUUGUCGUGGAUUUCUCGUUUCUCACACCUUUUAAUCCUUCAUCUGUUGAGUGGUUGUCAAAUUUUCUGAGCAGUCUGCACUAUCAACCUCUGAUUACUUAUUUUGCACCACCAUAA